GAAGCAAGGGUUCAAGCUAGAAGCUUGAAGAGCGUAAAUAACCACAGAAAGUUAGUAGCGGAGAAGUGGUAACGAAGCACUCACCGGCGGUAGAGAGACAUGACCGGCGAAGAAGUGUCUGGCCCCGCCGGCCCCAAACUCCUCCGUCUCAUCUACUUCAUCGGCGCCGGAGUGAUCUGUACCGCCGCAAUCAACAAGUGGCGCGAGUACGAGAGAAAGACGAUCAUCCAGCAGAGGCUGCAGCAACAGCAGCAGGAAGUCGCCGAGACGCAGUGUUCGUCGGAAUCUGUUGCCGUUCACAAAACUCUCAAAUAAAGCUGUAGUGGGAAGGAUUGCUUUGAGAUUCAUUUCACAUUUCAACAGAAAGGAAUGUGGGAGUUAUUUUUGGAAAUCUUGGGUAGACAAAAAUCAGAAGUUGUUAAAAACACAAGAUAGAAUGCUUGUACAGAUUUGCAUUCUGUUUUAUUACUUUGAAGUUGAACUUACGUGUUAUGGGUGUUGGGUGACAUU